UUUUUCAAAGACACUCUAGAUCUAGCAAAUCAAUAGUUUUUGACCGGUUACAAAAUUUCUCGCUUUACUUUCUAAAAAAAACUUUAAAAGUUGUUUCAAAGCUUAUUCCCUGCUAAAUUAUGAAGACCAACAAAAACACCAUGUUAAAGAACCCAAAAAUUGUCAAGACAUCUCCCUCAACAGUGAAGACCGCCCCGACUGGCAAGGCAGCUGCCAAGAGCUUUGACGUGGCCCAAGUGUGCAGUGUGGACCUGGCGAGCGAUGGCGGAGUCCGGCUUCCGCCUCUAACGCUCGAGAGUCGGGUGGAGCCAGAAGACUUGGUGGAUGCCCGCUUUCGGCUGGUGGAGGCGAGGUCCAAGACAGUGGUGCUCACCGAUCGGCAGUUCGAUGUUCACUUGAAGAGGCUGGUGAAGGUCUUCAUGUCCGAGGUAUCCAUUACCAGGGACAUGCGCGUACUUAACUCGAAGAGGUCGCUUCAGCCAGCCGACCGGCUGCUGUUGCAGGAUCUGGAGAUACUCAAAGGCAAAUUCAAGGAGGAGCGAUCAAAUCUGGUGGUGACACUCAGCAUGGAUAGCAGAAACAGAUCCAAGCAAAACUCUACCAAAGAAGCCAACACCCAGAGCCAAGAUAAGCAUGAAAAACCCUCUGGUUCCGCUGAUGCUGCGAUACCAUCUACUAGUAAGACGUCCAAGCUUCGCAAGUGUUCAGUUCCAUCAAGGAAACAAGGAGGAGCCCAACCAAAAGUACCAUCCAAUCCUCCAUCCAAUCUGGUGAAGACACUUAGCAUGGGCAGCAGACACAGAUCCCAAAAAAGUUCUACCACAGGAAUCCAGCCUGAAGCCAAGAACCAGGACCAAAAUGAAGAAGAACCUUCUGAUUACUUUGAUGUUGUGACACCAUCUACUAGUAUGACGACAAGAAAACAAGGAGGAGCUCAAGCAAAAAUCACUUCCAAUCCUCCAAUCAUUUGCAAAAAUAUCGUAGCACCCGAAGAGCUGUCUAUUAAGCUAAUGGAAAAACUCAAGCAGAGGUUUGCCAAAACAACUGACAGUCCUAAAAUUAAAGUUCCGCUAUCCGCUCAAGAAAAAGAACCAGUAAAUGAAUCAAAAAUUUAUCUAACUAACGCUUUAUCUGUAGCCGCUCCUGUAGCUGCUCCUGUAGCUGCUCCUGUAGCCGCCCGAGUAACCUCUUCAGUAUCCUCCACAGCCAAGAUCAAGGCUAAGGCCAAGACUAAGGAACUCUCAGAAAGUUUAUCUGAUAUAUUCUAUGACUUUCCUAUAGCAAUCUAUUAAGUCUACACUCCCCGUCAUCUUCUUUAAAUAUUGGUUACAAAGAAAGUCUUACGUUCCAGUUUAAGUAAUGAAUGUUUUCCCUCUUUGUAAUCAAUCUUUGAUUAAAGAAAAUAAAUUGUUAAAGUUUAUGAUCUGAA